AUGAACCUGGGCCUAGACACCCACACUGAUGCUGCCUCUCCCAAACUCCCACACGUCCAGCGGAUGACCCCUGGAGCACAGGAGGCCUGCCUGGUCACAUCUGGGGCAAAUUGCAACCUGACUGUGGAGCAGCAUGAGCGAUUUCAUGUGAGCAGCGUAGUUCAGUCCGGGACACCUGAGGGUGACUUAGAAAAAUUUCUAAGUCCAGCAAGUGACCCUGGUACUACAGAUGCCCCCACAAGUCCAGCGGAUGACCCUCACCCUAACCCUCCAGGCCUGGACACCCAGACAGAGGCUCCAGACCUCCAGGCCUCCGGCGCUAACCCUCACCCUCCAGGCCUGGACACCCAGACAGAGGCUCCAGACCUCCAGGCCUCCCGCUCUAACCCUAACCCUCACCCUCCAUGCCUCAACACCCAGACAGAGGCUCCAAGCCUCCAGGCCUCCGGCGCUAACCCUCACCCUAACCCGGCCCUGGCUUCCGCUCCCCGGUCCCCACUGGUUUUUAGCAAGAGCAAGGCCCUCUCUUUACCGCCCCACCGCCCAUAUGACUGCGCCAUUGACCUCCUGCCGGGUGCCCCACUACCAUCUAGCAGGCUAUAUAACCUGUCUAAACCUGAACGCGAGUCAAUGGAGGACUAUAUCCGUGGGUCCCUUGCUGCCGGAAUCAUCCGCCCGUCCACUUCACCCGUGGGAGCGGGGUUCUUCUUUGUGGCCAAGAAGGACAAAUCCCUGCGGCCUUGCAUUGAUUAUCGGGGUCUGAACAAUAUAACUGUAAAGAAUAAAUACCCGCUUCCCCUACUGGACUCGGCAUUUACGCCCCUCCACGGUGCGACCAUCUUUUCCAAGUUGGAUUUGCGGAAUGCGUACCACCUGGUGCGCAUCAGGGAGGGAGACGAAUGGAAGACGGCCUUCAAGACACCCCUGGGACAUUUCGAAUACUUGGUUAUGCCCUUCGGUCUCACCAACGCCCCUGCCGUAUUCCAAGCCCUCAUCAACGAUGUGCUCCGUGAUUACCUUAACCGAUUCGUCUUUGUUUACUUGGAUGACAUCUUGAUUUUCUCGCGGUCCCCCCAGGAGCAUCACCAGCACAUUCGCCAGGUUCUCCAGCGCCUCCUCGAGAAUAAACUGUUCGUGAAAGCUGAGAAAUGCGAGUUUCACGCAGAGGAGGUCAGCUUUUUGGGCUUCAUUGUGGGGCGGGGCCAAGUAAGAGCUGAUCCUGAAAAGAUCCAGGCUGUCACUGAGUGGCCCGUUCCUACCAACCGGAGACAGCUCCAGAGAUUUAUCGGCUUUGCCAAUUUUUAUAGACGUUUCAUCCGGGAUUUUAGUAGGGUUAUCUCGCCCUUAACUAAACUCACCUCUCCUGCUUUGCAGUUUGCCUGGUCCCCUGAGGCGCAGACAGCCUUCGAGAAGCUUAAGAGACUAUUUACCUCCGCUCCCAUCCUGCACCAGCCCGACCCUUCACGGCAAUUCAUCGUGGAGGUCGACGCCUCCGACUCGGGAGUGGGGGCCGUGCUUUCGCAGAGGUUCGACCCCCACAACCGCCUCUGUCCCUGCGCCUUCUUUUCCCGGCGAUUGUCCUCGGCCGAGGUCAAUUAUGACGUGGGGGAUCAGGAGCUCCUUGCCGUAAAGCUGGCCUUGGAGGAGUGGCGCCACUGGCUCGAAGGGGCGGAGCAACCAUUCAUCGUCUGGACCGACCAUAAAAACUUGGAGUACAUCCAGUCCGCCAGGCGCCUCAAUCCCCGUCAAGCUCGUUGGUCCCUCUUCUUCAGCCGCUUCAACUUUCUCCUCACCUACCGCCCCGGAUCUCGGAACGUCAAACCAGAUGCCCUCUCCAAGCUGUCCCCCCGAUUCCUGGGACCGUUUAAGAUCGUGAGGAUCAUAAAUCCAUCGGCGGUGCGCCUCCAGUUACCCCCGUCUCUCCGGAUUCAUCCGACCUUUCACGUCUCCCAGGUUAAACCAGUCCGGACCAGCGACCUGUGCCCUCCGGCCGAUCCCCCACCGCCCGCCCGAGUCAUUGACGGCCACCCGGCGUUCACCGUCCGCCGCCUGAUUGACGUUCGUCGCCGUGGUAGGGGCCUCCAGUACCUCGUCGAUUGGGAGGGUUACGGUCCGGAGGAGCGAUCCUGGGUGCCCAGGGCACGCAUUCUGGACCCCGACAUGGUGAGAGACUUCGCCACUCUCUCGGACAGCACCCUCGGUAAAAUGCGUGCCUUGAUGAUUAACUUUUUCAUGGUGGUGGCGCACAAGGAGGGUAGUGAUGUGGUGGCUGCCUGUACAGAAACAGCUCUUAUCAGAGUCACCAGUGACCUUCUGAUGGCCUUUGACUCUGAUUCCACAUCCCUACUCAUGCUUCUCAACCUCUCUGCUGCAUUCGACACUGACAUUGACCAUCACAUCCUCCCUGUUGGCCUCUCUGACACUGCCCACUGUCACAGGUUCUGCACUCAUGCUGUCACCUCUGGGGUCCUCCAGGGUCAGACCCUCACUUUUCCUCCCGGCUGCAGAGACUAUGCCUCCUCCAGGUUGGACUACUGUAAUGCACUACAAAUUGGGAUCCCUGGCAGUAGCAUCCAAAACUUACAGUGUGUUCAGAUGAGGGUGUGGAAACACAAGCACAUCACAUCCAUCCUCUAUACCCUGCACUGGCUUCCUGUUCACCUCUGCAUCGAAUACAAGAUCCUCCUGCACACCCACCACUGUCUUCAGGGUAAUGCCCCCACCUAUCUCACAGAACUGCUCACAGCAUACAGUUCAGCCUGGACCCAGUCAAGCCAACACCACUGUCUGCCUUCGAGGCUGCUGCUCCCCAUCUGUGGAACGUCCUACUAG